AUGUCCGGCUCCGGCAGGAAAGACUUCGACGUGAAGCACAUCCUGCGCCUCCGCUGGAAACUGUUCAGCCACCCCUCGCCGGCGGGCGGCCCGGCGGGGGGAGGCUGCCUGCCGCCCGACAGCAGCUUCGAGCACUGGGGACCGAGCCAGAGCCGCCUGCUGAAGAGCCAGGAGAGAGGUAACGGCGUCUUCUGGAAGAAAUCCGCCUCCUCCGCCUCCUCCUCGGCGGCCACCACGGCCAGCCCGCCCAACGGGACGCUGCUGCCCGCCGGCGGCCGGCCGGCCGCGGGGCACGGCCCGGGACCGCCGCCGCCCCGCACCGUCUUCUACGUGGAGUCCCUGGAGGAGGAGGAGGAGGAGGCGGUGCCCGGCGGGAUGGAAGUGGCCCGCGAGCCCGAGAAGCCCCUGGCGCCGCCGGAGCGGGAGGAGGCGCCGGGGGGCUGCGCCGAUGGAGGCAGCCGGGCAACAGGUGACGGAGGCGGGCACAGACUGUCAGGAGCCAGCCACCCCUUGCCACCCCACUGUGACAUGGAUUCGUGUAGCUCUGAGGAAUUCUACCAGGCUGUUCACCACGCAGAGCAAACCUUCAGGAAAAUGGAGAGCUACCUGAAGCAGCAGCAGCUCUGUGAUGUUAUCCUGAUUGCUGGGGAUCGCAAAAUUCCUGCACAUAGACUUGUCCUCAGUUCUGUUUCUGACUACUUCGCUGCCAUGUUUACUAGUGAUGUUUGUGAAGCCAAGCAAGAAGAGAUCAAAAUGGAAGGCAUAGAUCCCAAUGCACUGUGGGACCUUGUUCAGUUUGCAUAUACAGGCUGCCUGGAAUUAAAAGAAGACACCAUUGAAAACCUCCUAGCAGCUGCCUGCCUCCUCCAGCUCCCUCAAGUAGUAGAGGUUUGCUGCCAUUUUCUAAUGAAGCUUUUGCACCCAUCCAACUGUUUGGGAAUACGAGCAUUUGCUGAUGCACAAGGGUGCACAGAGCUUAUGAAGGUGGCGCACAGCUACACUAUGGAGAAUAUAAUGGAAGUUAUAAGAAAUCAAGAAUUUUUACUCCUACCUGCCGAAGAACUCCAUAAACUUCUUGCCAGUGAUGAUGUGAAUGUUCCUGAUGAAGAGACCAUUUUCCAUGCCUUGAUGAUGUGGGUGAAAUAUGAUAUGCAGAGGCGAUGCAACGACCUAAGUAUGCUGCUUGCUUAUAUCAGAUUACCCCUCCUUCCACCUCAGAUAUUGGCUGACCUGGAAAACCAUGCACUUUUUAAGGAUGACCUGGAAUGCCAGAAGCUUAUUCUGGAAGCCAUGAAAUACCAUCUUUUACCAGAAAGAAGAACUCUCAUGCAAAGUCCAAGAACUAAGCCCAGAAAAUCUACAGUCGGAACACUUUAUGCUGUUGGAGGGAUGGAUAAUAACAAAGGAGCUACAACUAUUGAAAAGUAUGAUCUCAGAACAAACAUAUGGAUUCAGGCUGGAGUAAUGAAUGGCAGGAGGCUUCAAUUUGGUGUUGCUGUCAUUGAUGACAAGCUGUUUGUCAUUGGAGGCCGGGAUGGUUUAAAGACUUUAAACACUGUUGAAUGUUACAAUCCAAAGACCAAGGCUUGGACUGUGUUACCACCCAUGUCAACACAUAGACAUGGCUUAGGAGUUACAGUGCUUGAAGGGCCUAUUUAUGCAGUGGGAGGACAUGAUGGUUGGAGUUAUUUGAACACAGUUGAGAGGUGGGACCCUCAAAGUCAGCAGUGGACGUUUGUGGCAAGUAUGUCAAUUGCCAGAAGCACUGUUGGAGUAGCAGCAUUAAAUGGCAAGUUAUACUCAGUUGGAGGUCGGGAUGGAAGUUCAUGCUUGAGUUCAAUGGAAUAUUAUGAUCCUCAUACAAAUAAAUGGAAUAUGUGUGCUCCUAUGUGUAAGAGAAGAGGAGGAGUAGGAGUUGCUACCUGUGAUGGCUUUCUUUAUGCAGUUGGAGGUCAUGAUGCUCCUGCUUCUAAUCACUGUUCUCGACUGCUGGACUAUGUGGAAAGGUAUGACCCAAAAACUGAUACAUGGACAAUGGUGGCUCCACUGAGUAUGCCUCGAGAUGCUGUUGGUGUUUGUCUCCUUGGUGACAAAUUAUAUGCAGUAGGUGGCUAUGAUGGUCAGUCAUACCUGAACACUAUGGAAGCAUAUGACCCUCAAACUAAUGAGUGGACACAGAUGGCUUCCCUAAAUAUUGGAAGAGCUGGUGCCUGCGUGGUAGUCAUCAAACAACCAUAA